AUGGCUUCACUUCGUCGUUCCAAGAAUUAUGCUAGUGAUGCACAAACACCCAUGUUCUUAUACGCAAUUCUCAAGCAGCUCGACUUGCGAAGUGUGGAUUGGAAUGCGGUGGCCGACAAACUGGACAUCUCCAAUGGACAUGCAGCACGAAUGAGAUACAGUCGAAUGAAGACUCAGUUCGAAGGAGUGCCCACCCAACCUCGUGCUCCAAGACCUAAGAAAGAGAAAGCCAACAACAAGCCAGCCGCAAAAGAUACGACCAAAGGAAAGAGGCAGCUUCUCGAGGAGGAGGAGGAGCGCCUGAACAAGGAGCAAGUUAUCAACAGUGAGGUCGUUUACCCUGCUGGGAAGCGUUGCAAAAGGAACGCGGAACUGGAAGUGACAGCAUCAUUUCAUCCUCUGAGACGCAAUAUCUAUGAACGAUUUGUGGAUCCUCAUUGGCCUGCUCCCAUGAUCAGAGUCGAAACUCCCAUGAACGGAACAACCGGCAAUACUAGUAUCGAUGAUCCUAGAACUCAGCCUAUUGUUAAGGAAGAACCGGGUGGCUGUUCGUCUCAUCUAUCCAAUCUCUCACCAUUCAUCAAAAAGGAAUCUGUCGGACUUCUAGAACAUAGCACAAGCACUGCUGCCACACACGGGAAUAUCAAAAUCGAACCUGGUUGGACUGACGCAUUUGACACUUCUGACAGUUUCCUCACCAAUACAAGAACGGGUGGCUUUCAAAUUUCAAGUCAUGCCGACGGUGUCAUGCGUCGACCAUUUUUUCAGCAUCCUGGAAAUUCUGCAGUGCCAACGAUUGACCCAUCUUGCCUGAUUACACGAACUCGACCUGAACCAAUGGGAGUGUCACCAUUUCUGCGCCAUCGACCGAUUGCCGAUUAUUUCCCAGUUCAGCCUCCAGCACCGUGUCUAAACACAAAUUUCAUGUUCAACUCAAAUGCGACGACGUUCGAAGAUAUGCUUACAAUGCCCCUACAAGAGUGCAACCAGUCAGAUAUCGGCACAGAUGGUCUAGCUGCUGGCACUGAUACAACAAUCAUGGAUCCUGGUUCCCUGAAUGCUCCAUGCGCAGCUGAAGUCAUAACACAUGCAAAACCACAACUGGAACUUUCAUCUAAUGAUGUUGGUCAUUUCGAUCAAUUCGUUGAAUUAUCACCACAACCUCCCAUGGCAGCUGAAACAGGUUCUAUGGCCAAUGAAGCCACGGCGGAUGAAAAUCGCGAAAAUGACUCCAACACCGAUGUGACGACAACAAGCGAAAACGACAACCAGGAUGGUGUAUAUGAAGUUGAAAAUGUUCAGAUCAAGCAAGAGAUCAUUGAAAUUUAUGAUUAA